AUGCUGCCAGUCAUCCUUUUCAUAUUUUCUCUGAUUUUAUUGUGGAUUAUACAAAAGGUUUUGAAACGAUUGGAUAUUCCAGGUCCAAAAGGAGUGCCCAUAUUUGGUAAUGCCUUUGAACUUAGUUCACAAACUCCAUAUGACCAGUUACACAAAUGGAGCAAGAAAUAUGGUGGUGUUUUUAAAAUUCAAAUAUUCAAUGAAGAAAUCGUUGUGUUGAAUGAAAAUGAUGUCGUAAGAGAAGCCCUAUUAUCAGAGGAUUUUGCAGGACGACCGUAUUCAUGGAGGCUCAACUUUUUUACUCCUGGAGGUGAUAAAGACAUUGGAUUCCGAGAUUUGUCUCAUGGCUGGAAAAAAGUUCGAAAAAUUGCUCAUCGAGGCCUCAAGCAAUUUGGGGACGGCAUGGACAGAAUUGCUUUAUUGGCAUCUGAUGAGAUCCAAGACUGCAUUAUGAGAUUCAAAAGUAAUGGUGAUACUCCCUUUGACCCCCGAGAAACUGUCGUUAACUGCAUAGCAAAUAUCAUGUCGAGUCUGCUGGUUGGAGAACGCAUUGAUGAGAACUCAGACGACUUCCAUUCCGUACAUUUCAUGGUAGAGAUCGGUAAAAGUCUUGCACCAUCAGGACCAGGCGCUGAGCUUGACACAUUUCCUUGGCUCAGAUUCUUCGGAAACGAGACUUUCAAAACUUUAAAGGAAUUUGUUGUGAAGCGAGAUAAAUUGUUUUCAUCUUGGAUGAAAAAAGCUGAGAACAAGUUGAGCUUGCCCAGUGAAAAGUCUAGAAGUGUAAGCGAAGUGCUGCAGCAACAUUAUGAACAAGGAGACAUCACAAGAGAUGAGGUCUUUGGAGUUAUGCAGAACCUUCUUUUAGCUGGAAUAAUAACAACAUCCACAACUUUGGAAGCAUUUCUGUUGAUUUUGGUCAACAAACCUGACGUCCAGAAAAAAAUACAAGCUGAAAUUGAUGAUGUCAUCGGUGAUGGCCGACUGCCAACUUUUGCAGAUAGGCAUAACAUGCCAUAUUCAGAAGCUGCAGUUCUGGAAAUUCUUCGCUACAGCACAACUACGACGUUGUCUCUCCCCCAUAAAACCCUAUGUGACACCAGUGUGGGUGGUUACAAAGUACCAUGUGGAACAAUGGUUUGGAUGAACCUAUGGGCCUUACACCAUGAUGAGAAGUACUUUGAUGAGCCAUAUGAAUUCAAGGUGGAAAGAUUCCUGGAUGAUGAUGGCAAACUUCUGUCAGCAUAUGAACGAAAAUCAUUUCUACCAUUUGGAAUUGGUAAACGAGAGUGCUUGGGAGAAGCAAUGGCCAAACUGAGAAUGUUCCUGUUUGUCACCAGUUUACUACAAAAACUGGACAUUCUCCCUGAAGACAAAAACAACCCACCAGAUCCAGACCCAACCAAGUUUGUUCAUGGAUUAACAAAUCUACCUGGGCAAUUCAACAUUGUUGUAAAGGAGAGAAAGUGA